AAAGCAGGAGCGUUCACUCCGCACCACAGGAGCGCACGGUGGGGUGUUUUUUUGUGUGUGGAUGAGCCGGUGGUGGUGAAGAAGUGACGGGGGAACCAGAGGUCCAGUGAGCGGUCAGUUGCACUUGUGCUGCCCGGUCAGAGAAAGCUGAAGAGCUGAAAGAGCAGCGGAGACCAGUUUAAAGGAUGUUUUAGGCACAACUUGUCUCCAGAGGACAAGUGGAGCGGUCCAGUCAGUGACUGUGCGUCCUGAUGAUGCGGAGAGAUCAAGUCUCAGUAGUUUGUCGUGAUGAACGGAUCCUGAGAAACAGCUCACGGGGAUUGAUUGAUUGACUUGAUUGGCAUUUGGAGAUUUUAUUUUGUGUGUGUGUGUGUGUGACGUUUUUAGUCUCUCACUCAUUAAUAACUGUGGAUUAUUAAUUUGGAGACUUGGAUUUCUCUUUUCUUCUUUUUUUCUCCCUGCGUUUUUAUGCUGAAGUUGAAAAAGGGAUUUAGAUUUUUACACAGUUAAGGAUCCGGAGAGUGGAAUUAUCCUCCCACACGGUGGAAAUAUCAGUGUGAUUGGAGCCCAGUUCAUCUGCUCUCACCGACAAUAUGAAGACUGUCAAAGUGUGGAUGUGCGUUCACAUCUGCCUCCUGCUCUUAGAUGUGGCAGUAAGUUCAUGGGAGGGCCCCUCAGCUCUGUCUGUGUCCUUGAGCACCAGCGCUCCAGGAUCUGGGCCCGCAGCUCAGCCGGAAUGGGUGGACUGCAUCCAGGCGAGUGACAUGUGCAACCAGAACCCGCACUGCAGCUCCCGCUACCGGGUGAUGCGCCAGUGCCUUGUGGGCAAAGAGAAGGAGGCCAUGCUGGACCACAACAGAGAGUGUCAGACUGCCUUGGAGGUGCUGCUGGUUAGUCCUCUGUACGACUGCCGCUGCAAAAGGGGCAUGAAGAAGGAGAUGCAGUGUUUGCAGAACUACUGGGCUAUCCACAUGGGACUCACUGAAGGUGGAGAUAUGGAUGAUUCAUCUCCGUAUGAGCCCGUAGCACCAAACCGACACCCCGACGCUUUCCGCUUGGCUUCAAUCUCAUCAGGAAUGCUCACAGCUGCACCAAAAGGAUUCCACUGCCCAGAUGCCGAGAAGAACUGCAACCCCUGUCUCGAUGCGGCCAAAGCCUGCAACCUCAACAACAGCUGCAAGAAGCAGCGCUCCUCCUACAUCGCCACCUGCAGCAAGGAGGAUCCCAACAAGGGCGAAACCUGCAGCAAGAAGCGCUGCCACAAAGUGCUGAGAAUGUUCCUGGACCGCGUGCCCACCGAGUUCAGCCACCGCCUGCUCUUCUGCCCCUGCCAGACCGAGGGCUGCGCUGAGCGACGCAGGCAGACGAUCGUGCCCGAUUGCUCCUACAAAGAAAAGGAGAAACCCAACUGUCUGGAGCUCCGGAGGGUCUGCCGCCAGGACUUGCUCUGCAGGUCUAGGCUGGCCGAUUACCUGGUCAACUGCUGGAUGACUCCACACACACUGAGCACCUGUCCCAACCAAGACAAUCACCAGGCCUGCCUGGCCUCCUACACAAGUCUCAUCGGGACCGAAAUGACUCCAAACUAUGUCGACAGCAGCUUCUCCAACUGGACCAUUUCCCCAUGGUGCACCUGUAAAGGCAGCGGAAACCAAGAAGAGGAGUGUACGAACUUCCUGCGCUACUUCACCGACAACACAUGCCUAAGAAAUGCCAUUCAGGCCUUUGGUUAUGGGAUAGACAACAUGCAGAACAAAACCGUGUCUGUGCCCGGCCCUACGGCGAUGACGAAGAUGGGGUGGGACUGGUCAACGGGCAGCUCGGAGCCUCCAUUUGUCUCCAUCCCAAAGUAUCCUGAACCAAGAGACGGUGGCAUGGGCAAUACCCACGGCCUGCAGGGGGAUCACUCAUCCUGUCUGCAUGCCAACAUCUGGGCUCUGCUCCCCGGCCUGGUUCUGGCUCUGGCUCUGGCCCAGCAUGCCUUAUAGAAGCACGCGGUGGAGUAGGAGGAGGAAGAAGAAGAAGAAGAAAAAAAAAAGAGGUCAUCCACCCACAAGCUGAUCCUAAAAGCAGAAGGUGUUAUUUCUGUGACUGAUUUUAAGAAGACUGAAUCUCCGCGGCACUUGACAUACAAUAAAAUGGCAUUUAUGAAAAGGAAAAUUGAAAGAAGGAGAGAGGUAAAUGUAGAAUUAUUUUUUUUUAACAACUGUGAAUUUGUUGUUCAUUUGGUGUGUUGUUAGGGCGAAACCACAACUGUGAUAGAAGACACGGCUUUAAAAAAAAAAAAGGAAAAAGGACCCUUGGUAGCAGAGGCCGCAAAGGCCAUUCUGUACAGGAACGAGCCUCACUCUGAUUGACUCACCAAAACACGGAGGACUGAAGCUGAUCACGAGCAAAGACUACUUUUCUCACCAAAGAAGCGGCCGGGGGGACGGACGACUUAAUUAAAAGCGCUGACAGACGAGAAAUUGUUGCGGAAAAGAAAAAGGGAAUGAGCAUGAAGUAAAUGGAACAGAGUGAAGGAGAAAGAGAGACAUAUUUCUGCUAUCAGUCACACUUUCUUUUGUCUUGAAUUGGUUCUCGAUGUAAUCUUCUCUUGGACAAACAAGAACAGAAAAUUCAGGGGUUUUGGGGGGGGAGGAGGAAGGGGGGGAUGAUUACAUUCUGUCUCUUCAACACUAGUGUAAACUCUAAAUUGUAAAGCCUACUCAGUGUUCUAAGUGUUGGUAUAGUAUCUGUGACCAUAAUAAAUCUACCGUACUGCGCUUUCAUUCGGGCGCCCGCCACCGUCGGGCCUCUACUUUUUUCAGCAGCCGGCGGAAUGGACUUAAGAUGGCGACAUUAACAGUUAAUGGUUCUUCGGUCAUUUGAGAUGUUGUUGUUGAUGACUGUGGGUGUUCGUCAUACGUGCGCCCGCCACGUGUAUAUUUCUGUCUUUAUGUAUAUAAAUAGUUUUCCUUUCAUUCAGCCUAAUGAUAUCCACGGGACCCUGAGUGGACAUGACAUGUAUAUUGAGUUUGGAAGAAUCUACGUUAUCUGCGUUUAUAUUUGUCCUUCUUGAGGUUCGAUCACAAAGAAUGUAUACAGGGAUGAGAUUAAACGAGCUCAAUCUGCUUGGAAAGCCAUAACCGUUGUCUGAGUAUCAUGCUGUGUGUUCACUGAGUUGUGUUUGGACGGUUAAUACACCGUGCGUUCGUGUUUAAAUGUGGGAGAGAAGGAGCUUAUAAGGACCGGGUAAAAUGGCCAGCCAGAGGUUUCUUUAUUCCUCCUCAGAGAGCACAGGUUAUGAUGCACUGUUUAAUUAGAUUUCAAGAGAGCUUGAAUGUGUAACUUUAAAAAAAAGAAAGAAAAAAACGUUAAUAAACUUACUUAAAUAUAGGUUAAGUUGAAUUUUUAAAUGGAAACAUGUCACACACACGUGUUGAAUUUGACGACAACAUGCAGUCGCCAUGGCAUCGCUUUAAUAAACGUAUUGUUACAACGUUCAUUUCAAUCA